GUCUCUUCUCCCCCUCCCACCAGAACCUUCAACUGUCAAGCACUGAGCUAGCCACCAGCAUGCAGUCCUCCCCAGGACCGAGUCUUCCAGAGUCAGCGGAGAGCCUGGACAGAUCACGGGAGGAGCCCACCUUUACUGAUACGGGAAUGGUGGCUCACGUAAACAACAGCCGGCUCAAGGCCAAGGGUGUCGGCCAGCACCACAAUGCCCGUAACUUUGGUAACCAGAGCUUUGAGGAGCUGCGGGCAGCCUGUCUAAGAAAGGGGGAGCUGUUUGAGGACCCCUUAUUCCCUGCUGAACCCAGCUCACUGGGCUUCAAGGAACUGGGUCCCAACUCCAAACAUGUGCAGAACAUCUGCUGGCAGCGGCCCAAGGACAUUGUAAGCAACCCUGCAUUCAUCAUGGAUGGGAUUUCUCCCACAGACAUCUGCCAGGGGGUCCUCGGGGACUGCUGGCUGCUGGCUGCCAUCGGCUCCCUUACCACCUGCCCCAAACUGCUGUACCGCGUGGUGCCCCGGGGGCAGGGCUUCAAGAAAAACUAUGCUGGCAUAUUCCGUUUUCAGAUUUGGCAGUUUGGGCAGUGGGUGAAUGUGGUGGUGGAUGACCGGCUGCCCACAAAGAAUGACAAGCUGGUGUUCGUGCACUCGAACGCACGCAAUGAGUUCUGGAGUGCCCUGCUGGAGAAGGCGUAUGCCAAGCUGAGUGGGUCCUAUGAAGCGUUGUCAGGGGGCAGUAUCAUGGAAGGCCUUGAGGACUUCACAGGAGGUGUGGCCCAGAGCUUCCAACUCCGGAGUCCCCCUCAGAACCUGCUCAGGCUCCUUAGGAAGGCUGUGGAGCGAUCCUCCCUCAUGGGCUGCUGCAUUGAAGUCACCAGCGAUAGUGAACUAGAGUCCAUGACCGACAAGCUGCUGGUGAGAGGGCACGCUUACUCAGUGACCGGCCUUUGGGAUGUCCACUACAGAGGCAAAAUGGAAACACUGAUUCGGGUCCGGAAUCCCUGGGGCCGGAUAGAGUGGAAUGGAGCUUGGAGUGACAAUGCCAAAGAGUGGGAAGAUGUGGCACCAGACAUCAAGACGCAGCUGCUGCGUAGGAUGGAGGACGGGGAGUUCUGGAUGCCCUACCAAGAUUUCCUGAAUAACUUCACACUCCUGGAGAUCUGCAACCUCACGCCUGAUGCACUCUCUGGGGACAACAAGAGCUACUGGCACACAACCUUCUAUGAGGGCAGCUGGCGCAGGGGCAGCACCGCAGGGGGUUGCAGGAACCACCCCAACACAUUCUGGACCAACCCCCAGUUUAAGAUUUCUCUCCCUGAGGGGGACGACCCAGAAGAUGACGCAGACGAUGACGCAGUGGUCUGCACCUGCCUGGUGGCCCUGAUGCAGAAGAACUGGCGGCAUGCCCGGUGGCAGGGACUCCAGCUGCAGACUAUAGGAUUUGUCCUCUACUCGGUCCCGAAGGAGUUUCAGAACAUCCAGGAUGUCCCCUUGAAGAAUGAUUUCUUCACCAAGUAUCAGGACCAUGGCUUCUCAGAGAUCUUUGCCAACUCACGGGAGGUGAGCAGCCAACUCCGGCUGCCUCCGGGGGAAUAUCUCAUUAUUCCCUCCACCUUCGAGCCACACAAAGAUGCCGACUUCCUGCUUCGGGUCUUCACCGAGAAGCACAGCGAGUCUUGGGAACUGGAUGAAGUCAACUAUGCUGAGCAACUUCAAGAGGAAAAGGUCUCUGAGGAUGAGCUGGACCAGGACUUCCUACAUUUGUUUAAAAUAGUGGCAGGAGAAGGCAAGGAGAUAGGCGUGUAUGAGCUACAGAGGCUGCUCAACAGGAUGGCCCUCAAAUUCAAAAGCUUCAAGACCAAGGGCUUUGGCCUGGACACUUGCCGCUGCAUGAUCAACCUCAUAGAUAAAGAUGGCUCUGGCAAGCUGGGGCUUCUAGAGUUCCAGAUCCUGUGGAAAAAACUCAAGAAAUGGAUGGACAUCUUCAGAGACUGUGACCAGGACCAUUCAGGCACCUUGAACUCCUAUGAGAUGCGCUUGGCUAUUGAGAAAGCAGGCAUCAAGGUGAACAACAAGGUAAUGCAAGUUCUGGUGGCCAGGUACGCAAAUGAUGAUCUGAUCAUAGACUUUGACAACUUCAUCAGCUGUUUCCUGAGGCUGAAGGCCAUGUUCAGACUGAGGUGCAAGUUAAACCAGUCAGUCUAUGGAAGGCACUCAGAACUGGGCCUGGCUCCUGGUGAGGCUAUCAUUCUUUCUAACCAUGGACCCCCAGAACACUGGCCAUAUUUGCCUGAACCUCGAACAGUGGCUGCAGACCACUAUGUGGGGAUAGAGGCGCUGCGGGAGCCUGGCCAUCUCUACCAGCAGCAGCGAGGUUCUAGCCCAGGAGGGUGGGGUGCUUCUUGUAGCCCUCAGCUCUCCGGUCUCUGCUGAUGAAAUGGUCUCCGAGUGGCAGCGCCCAGGUCCCAGGUGCCAUAUUUACUGCAGUGAGACCUCCGUGUUCAUUCCCCCAGCUCAGAGCCUUUCUCUUUUUUCCCCAAUUGGGCUUCUGGUGGCUCACUUUCCCCGACCAUCUCUCUCUCUCUCAGUAUAUUUUACCAAAGAUUAGCUGAUGCUUCCCAAGGGUCCCCUUGGCUGGGGAGGUCAAGAAUAGGGAAGGAGCUUGUAGCCCACUUCCUACCCUCCAUGCUUGCUGUCCUACUCACACCUACCCACUGGCCAUUCAUCCCAGCAUAGCCCCUCUCUUUUCCUCCCCGCCUGUGGAGACUAUUCUAAUAAACAUCACAUGCCAUUGGCU